AUUUUGCAGGGCCUGGCACUAAACAAAACGUUUGUUAAGAUGCUUAAAAAUCAGCUGUUCAUACCAAAGCGUGUGGUCGGAGUCAUUCGCUGGUGGAUGGUAUCUUUUGGAAGUCUCGGUGCCGUGGUUGGCAUUGUCUAUCACUUCAGAGAUCAUAUAAUGCGUCUUGCAGUAACAGGUGACACGAAGGUUACCAAGGUUACACCUGAAGAAGAGGAGCAAAAGGACAUCAGUGUCAUCGGCCAGGCCCAAGAGCCGGCCAAGGUCACCAUGUAAUCCACCUUCAGACGACUCCUGGGAUUCUUCUUGCUCUGGAGUCGUCGUUAUGGGUUGCCUCAAAGAAUGAUUUGGAUGCAAACCCUUAGAUACAUAGCUAGACGCAGGAGAGUUUAAUUUUGUAGUUAGGUUAUCUUUUUUAGCUUAAUCGCUUUCGACUUUUUUUGGCCUUUCAAUUUCUUUUGGGUUAUCAAUGGCUUUGAAUUUGAUAGCUGGUAAAUUUAAAUGCAAUUAUAUUUGUACCUAGUCGUUUCUCAAAUUGUUGUAUUCAUGAUUAUUUGUCACAUUAGUAUUUGACUUAUUUCUGUCAAUUUCUUGUAAGAAAUUGUAUCUUGAUCUUUUAAAAAAUGCACUUUAAGAUUUUAGAUAGAAUUUAUUAAUUAUCUUAGUAUUUAUAAGUGCUGAUAUGUUAUUAGUAAUAUUUAAUUGUAGUCACAAUAAACAUUCAUGAGAUAUAUUUGUUGUUU